ACUAUUUUCAAUGAUCUUUAUUGGUCAAAUGUCGAUGAAAGUACAACAAACAUGACAAAUGUUAAGCACAGCCAUGGAAAUUAAAAGGAGUAAAGUUAUAUAUAGCUCUUGUACUUUGAUGAAGAGACUGUGAAAAGACGUCAAACUUUUCAACUUCAGAUUUUGAAUAUUUGUUUUACUUUUUGCAGCAUUAUUUUUCUCACUAUAGUGAAGAAUAACAGCUGUAUCUCAUAUUGGUAAAAUAUGCUUUCCUUCAAAUGAGAGACGUUGACAUUCUUGUCAGAGUAAAACUACACAUAAAGUUCGAGGGUUUUGAAGGCGCUCAGCUGCUUCGUUCAGCACCACAACAAACAUGGCGCCCAGAGGCGGCUAACCGAGGAGAGGAGCUGGAGAUCCUCUCAAGCCCUUUGAUUCACAGUGCUAUCACUUCAUGACGGACAACCGCUGCUUCUUCGCGAUCUCGAGAUGGAACCCGCCUCUUUUCCAGAAGAGCUUUCGGAGAGAAAAGUGUGUGUCGUCGGGUCGGAGCUGGUGGAAAACUACACUGUCUACGUCAUCGAGGUGUCGGAUGGGGAGCACAGAUGGACCGUGAAGCACCGCUACAGCGACUUCCACGAUCUCCACGAGAAGUUGACGGCGGAGAAGAAAGUGGACCGAGGGCUGCUUCCUCCAAAGAAGAUGCUGGGGAAGAACUCAAAGAGUCUGGUGGAGCGGCGGCAGAAGGAGCUGGAGCUCUACCUGCAGACGCUCCUGCUGCAGUUCCCGCACUCCUCGCCGACUGCGCUCGCCUCCUUCUUGCACUUUCACCUCUACGAGAUCAACGGCAUCACAGCCGCGCUGGCUGAGGAGUUGUUUCAUAAAGGCGAGAUGUUGCUGCAGGCCGGCGAGGUGUUCUCCCUCAGACCGCUGCAGCUUUACUCCGUCUCCCAGCAGCUCCGUCUGGCCAAGCCGACCUGCUGCAACGGAGACGCCAAAACCGACCUGGGACACAUCCUGGACUUCACCUGCAGGCUGCGAUACCUCAAGGUUUCGGGAACCCGAGGCCCAGUGGGAACCAGUAACAUCCACGAGAGCAGCCUCCCCUACGACCUGUCCGUCUUCAAAGCACUACUCCAGAUAGAGAUCAGUGAGUGCAGCUCUCAGCAGAUUCGAGGUCUGUCGUCUCUGAGGUCGAGUCUGGCCACUCUGAGUCUCCACCACUCCACGGAAACCAUGAUGUCCAUCCUGGUCCCGGAGGCCAGCGAGUUCUCGCAGUGGGAGGCUGAGGGGGCGGAGUCUGGCUGUCCGGUCACCGCUGUCAUUCCCGUGUGGAGGAACCUGACCACGCUGGACAUGAGCCACAACGGCAUCAGCACCAUCGACGACUCGGUGAAACUGAUUCCAAAGGUGGAGUUUCUGGAUCUGAGCCACAACCAGCUGUCCACCGUGGAAAACCUGCAGCACCUGUACAAUCUGGUCCACGUGGAUCUGUCCUACAACAGCCUGCGGGUCCUGGAAGCGGCUCACACCCGUCUGGGCAACAUCAAGACUCUGAGCCUGGCCGGAAACCAGCUGGACCGACUGAGCGGCCUCAGCAAGCUGUACUCGCUGGUCAACCUGGACCUCAGCCACAACCAGCUGGCCCAGUUGGAGGAGAUCAGGAGCAUCGGAUCGCUGCCGUGUCUGGAGAAACUCAACCUGUCCAGUAACCCCAUGUGCAUCAUCCCGGACUACAGAACCAAAGUGCUGACCCAGUUUGGAGACCGCGCAGCAGAGGUUUGUCUGGACGGUGCGGUGACCUCGGAGAAGGAGCUGGACACGGUGGAAGUGUUGAAAGCAAUUCAGAAAGCCAAAGAAGUCAAAGACCGGAUGAGCAGCAGCGACAAGAAGAUCAGUGAGGAGACCAAGCUGUCUGCUGCUGCUGCACCUGCUCACCCCUCUCCUCCCCCCUCCUCUUCCUCCCGCUGCUCCUCUGCUGUUGCUGCUCCCGCUGUCUCCUCCUCCUCCUCCUCCUCCUCCUCCUCCUCCUCCUCUUCCUGUCUGGCCCAGCAGCCUGCCUGCCCCAGCCAAGAAGUGACGAGCAGAGAAGAAGAAGACGACGUUCCCGGCGCUGUCGUCCCUCCUGGGGACGCUGCUCCUCCCCCCGCGAGCACUGACACUAAAACACGCCUCCUGACUGCUGCCGCCGCUCAGGUCCAACAAGCUGCUGUCAGUCUGUCUGAACAAACACUCUGUGGAGCUCCUGCUACCAAUCACUUCAGUUGUCUCUGCUGCUCUUCCUCCCCAAAACCACCUGAAACCAGGUGCUCCUCCUGCAGCGCUGCCUCGUUUCCUCUGCUUCCUUCUCACCUGCUCUCCCUCUCCUCCUCCAACAAAGACUUUAUCACCCAGCUCUCCCAGCGCCUCAGCGCCACCCUGAAGGAGCAGAAGAGGGAGACGAACAAUGAGGAGGAGGAGGAGGAUGAUGAGGAGGAACAGAGGAAGGAACAGAGGGAGGAACAGAAUGUGUCUGAAUUGGAAGUUCAGUCCAAUGUGGAGGACACCCAGGUGGAAAGUCCAAGUCCAGGCUCCGUGGACGGCUACUUCGAGAUGGGUCUGAACGACUCGGUGGAGGAGUCUGUCGGCUCCUCUUCCUCCACGUCUCUCGCUCUUCUUCCCGCGGAGGAGCCCGGGGGCCGCCGGGGGGACCUGUGUGGCGAGGAGGAGGAGGAGGAGGAGGCGGGGCAGGUCACCAGGGUUUUGUGGUGCUACUGUCUUCAGGUGAAGGAGGAGGUGGAGCAGAAGGAGGCGUGCCUGGUGCUGACUGACCGGCUGUUGGGCCUCUUGUACCUGUCACCUGACUUCAAACGGACCAAUCAGGACGCAGACCAGGAGCAGAGGCCGCUGGUGGAGGAGGUGCUGUCCAGCCUACAGGUGGACCUCCUGCUGCCGUACCCCCAGCUGCUCCUCUCCCGCAGCCCCGACCUCCCCGGCUCCUGCCUCUCCUUCGCCCUCCGCUCCGGUCCGACCCGCUGGUACCUCUUCUCCGAGGGGGAGGAGCUGCGGCGCACCAGGGCGGAGCUGACGGUGCUGAUGGAGGCUGUGAAGUCUGAGCCGAAGCCCCCCGACUCUCCUCGGCUCCUCCCCCCAUCGCUCCUCAGCUCCUGGGAGCUGGAGGAGAGUCGGGGAGCCCAGGGAGGCUAUCCUGCCUUCCUUCUCCUUUGCUCCUCCUCCUCCUCCCCCCCGGGGACCCACCCGCUCCUGUCAGACCUCCUCUCAGAGAGGAAGGACGCCGGCCUCCUCUUCCUCACCCACAGACACCUCUGGGUGCUGAAGAUGGACUUCAGAGAGCUGGCAGAGAGAGAGAGGAGCAGCGAGGACCUUCACCCCUCCUCCUUUUCCUCUUCUGGGUGCAGGCUGGUCCGCGUUCCCCUCGGCUCCGUGGUGCUUCACCCCAGAGAGAGAGCUUCUCAGGUGGGGGCUGGAACCAGCAACCCCUCCUGCCCCGACCCAAAGCACCCCCACAGGAGGCGUCACGCGGUGGAGCUGCUGCUGGCUGGUCACAGGCUGCUGCUGCUCUUCCCUCUGGCCCAGAACAGGAGCUCCUUCCUGGGGCUGCUGAGCCAGAGGAGAGCCUCCCUGGAGGGGCUGAAGAUGGUGGCCCUGCCCCAGACCUGCAGGCCCUGUGCCCGGCAAGGCCGGCUCAGAUCCAGAGACCAGUGCUGUGGUUCCAGUUCGAGGGACUCCAACAGCAGCUGUCAGGUGGAGGAGAACCAGCCCUCCCUUCACCUCCACCCAGGUCUCUCCCCGGGACUGAAGCUCCUGGCCGGGCUCAGAGGGGAGCAGCUCCUCACCUACUUCCACAGAUAUAUAGCAAUGUCUGAGGCGGAGGAGGUGAGACAGGUCCUCUGGCUGUCUGUGGUUCUCUACAAGUCUCCAGGCUCUGAGCUCACCUGCUGUCUGCUGCUCUCCACGGAUACAAUCUACUUCCUGCUGGAAGACUCCGCCUCCACACUGGAUCAUCACCCGGUGUUGGACACGAUGGACUCCGGGGACGCGGACGUCCGUCUGUGCUGCUGUCUGUCCGUCGGACUGUCCGACCUGCUGUCGGUCAACGUGGGACUGUUCGACCAGCACUUCAGAGUCGUGGGCCGGUCGGCCCACCACAUCGUGUGCUGUCUCAGCCGGGACAGCUACGGGACGGGCGUCUUCCUCCGGGAGCUCAUGUCGGCCCUCAGUCUGCUGCAGCAGCAGCUUCCCCCUCCGGAGCCGUCGGAUCAGGACUUCUACUCCCAGUUCACCGACACCAGCACCGGAAAGAUGCAGAACUACGAGUUGGUCCACAGCAGCAAGGUGAAGUUCAUUUACCCGAGUGAGGAAGAGAUGGGAGACCUGACCUUCAUCGUGGCUGAGAGGAAGGCUGCAGGCAGCGCGCCGUCCUCCUCCUCUCGCUCCUUCAACGUCCUGCUGUACCUGCUGGUCUUCCAGGUCCAAAUGCCCGGCGGUCUUCCCAGCCACGGCUCCACCCUCUCAGGCCCCUCCCCCUCGGUUUCCGGCUCCGGUCCGUCGCCGGUGCUCCAGCCCAGGACUCUGAUCCUGACCAGCACCGACGUGUUCCUGCUGGAGGAAGACUACGUCAGCUAUCCUCUGCCGGAUUUCGCCAAAGAACCACCUUCCAGGGACCGCUACCAGCUCCGGGAGGCCCGGAGGAUCCGGGACCUGGACCGGGUCCUGCUGGGGUACCAGACUUACCCCCAGGCUCUCACCCUGGUCUUCGACGACCUGCCCGGCCCCGACCUGCUCUGCCACCUCACCAUGGACCACUUUGCCACCGCGGCGGGGGAGGGGGAGGAGGCCCUGCCCAGAGGGGGGGGCGGAGCCAGCAGCGGCGCGGAGGGAGAGGUGCAGUGGUGCGUCUUCGUCCCGGAAGCCGAGAGCAGAGAGAGGCUCAUCUCCCUCCUCGCCCGCCAGUGGGAGGCGCUGUGCAGCCGGGAGCUUCCUGUGGAGCUCACGGGGUGACUGGCUCAGCACGCAGCAUUACAGCCUAAUAUUUACGUGGCCAAGCUGAACACCGGUCUCUGCUUAGCACCCUUAUUUAAAUCUGAUCUUUAUUUUAAGUAGACAUGCAGAGUCUGUAUGCAUCAAACGUUUUAUCCUGGUCAAAUGGGGACGACGACAACGCCCCCUUAAAGACCCCAUUUGCUCUGUUGUUCACAUGAAAAGAGACCGAAGCAGUCGCGUCGGCAGUGAAGUAAAUGGUGUUUGUAAGACCUGGUUGCUCUCAUACCUGCACACACCUGGCCAAUCACCUGGCCGCAAAGUGGGUGUGGCCGGUUGCAUCGGAGGAGCACUUUGUUCGAAGCACCCAUGGGUCCUUUAGUUUGACUUUGUUUGAAAGGGAGAAUCACACCGUUUGAUUGUCUGUUAUUAAAGAAUAACAACAAUUGGACUCUGCAGACACACUGAGCCGAAACAAUGGGAGUUUCUGGCCCAACCUCACUUUUCUUGAAAGGAGUCUUUCCAACGAGUCUUUUUCAACGAUGAGUUUCACAGAUUUUUUUUUUUUUUUUGAGUGCUUUGCUAAAAGACGGACCGUAGUCGCACAGCAGGGGGCGCCGCAGAUGAUCGUUACACUAGUCUUGAAUCAAUACCUUAAAACGAAUUUCUUGUAAAUCCUCCUGUUCUUUGUCCUCUUCAGAGUCGUAUGAGACGAUGUCUCCUCUGUCCAGCACAAGUAUAGGGCCAGGACGUCGUUAGCCUAGCUUAGCACAAAGACUGGAAGCUGGGGGAAACUACUAGCCGGUUGUCAUCAAACAAACCAGUAAUCCGCUCACCAACGACUCCAAAGCUGUCUGAUUUCUGAUGUUAUUUAUGUUAAGUUGCUCUUAAAACCAAAUUUCUUUUUUACGUUUGCACAGUCUGAUUGUGAUGGAGGUCGAUUCAAGUAGCGUACACACACACACACACACACACACACACACACCCCGCUGCUCGGCACAAUCUGCUCUCUGAACAUUUUACUUCUUGCACAUU